AUGCUCCGUCAGAAUAUCAUCAAAGUCGCUCGAGCUAAUACGACACUUUACAAGAGAUCCUUUUCCAUGUCGACCGUCAGAGCUGCAGAAGGAGACGUUGGAGCUACCCGGUCAGGUGGCACAGCUUCAGCAGACGCUUUCAACAAACGGGAGCAAGCUGAAGAAAGCCGAUUUAUCCGCCAGAAGGAAAUGGAGAGUCUUCGCAAGCUCAAAGAAAAGCUUCAGUCGCAGAGGAAGUACCUCGAUGAACUCGACGGCCACAUCAAGCAGCUCGAGAAUGAACAAGGUGGGGGUGAACAACACUGA